AUGCUUAUAUUAACUGUUGGUAUAGCAAUAAGUGAAAUAAUAUAUGGAAUUCGUGAUCAAUCACAAUUACUUAUUGCUGAUGGACUUUUUUCAUUUGCUGAAGGUAUUGCAUUAGUUGGUUCAUUAAUUGCAUUACGUUAUGCAAAAGCUGAACGUUUACACUCAAAAAAUACUUUUGGAUGGGCACGUUUAGAAAUACUUGCUGGUUUAUUACAAGAGGUUCUACUUAUGUCACUUUCACUUUCAAUUAUAGUUGAUGCUGUUAAUAAAUUAAUUAAUCCAAAUCAUAUUGAAAAGGCAUUUGCAAUGAUCUUUUUAGGUUCAGCUGGAGUAUUUAUUGGUUUAUUGGGAUUAUUUUUAUUUCGUGGUUACGAUCAUGAUCAUAAUAUUGGACACGAAAUCGUUGAACAAAAGAAAAAUGAUUUUGUUCGUAGUGUCUAUACAACUUUGCGUAAUCUUGAUAUGAAUAGUGAAAACAUAAAUGAUUCAUUAACGCGACAAACAAGUACAUCAAAUCCACAACCUAUUGUUAUACCUGAAUUAGUUGUUACUGAAUCAACAACAAAUACUAAUACUACCAUUAUUACUCCUAGUACAGCUACUACUAGUAUUACUACUACUACUAAUAAUAAUAAUAAUGUGGAACAAGGAAAACAAUCAAAGCAAAAUUUAGUUUUACCAUCAUUAAAUGAUACAUAUCAAAGUGCAUUUAUUACUUCGAAAAUGACUGAUUCAAUAACAGAUGAUCGUAUUAGUGAUAGUAGUGAACAACAGUUACGUGUACCUGUUGAAUUUAGACGAACGAGAAGUCGAAGUGGUGAUUCCAUAAUAUCAUCGAUAUCGUUUCUCAAUCACGAUGAUUCUGUUCUUGAAGAUGAAUUUCAAAAAUCACGUGUUUAUGCAACAUUACAUGCCCUUUGUUUACAUUCAUUGGCAGUUCUUCUCGAAUCUUUAAUUGUAUUAUUUUCUGGUUUAUUAAAUGAAUUUAUUCCACAAAAAGAUAUAAAUGAUAAACAAAUAAAUUUAUGGUUGAAAUAUGUUGAUCCAUCAUUAACCUUAGUUAUGGUAAUAAUUAUUGCUAUUAAAGCUAUUCCUGUUAUAUGGUCACUUGGUAAUAUUCUUGUUGAAGCUGUUCCAUCGGGUAUAAAUACACGUCAAUUAAUUCAAACAAUAAUGAAAACAAUUCCACAAAUACGUGCUGUACAUAGUGUUCAUGUUUGGAGAGCCACAGCUCGAGAUGUUUUUGCAACAUUACAUGUUGUAUGUGAUGAAGAUUUAUCAUUGAGUACCUGUACAGAUUUAUUUGGACGGCAAUUACAACGAAUAUUUGAAACACAUUGUAUACGUCAUUUUACAUUACAAUAUGAAUAUAUUGAACCGGGUGGAAAUAUAAAUAAAUGUGCAUAUGGUACUCGUCGAAGACAUCGUGGUCAUCAAUCGACUUCAGAAGAUAAUGAUAAUAUAAUGGGUCAAUCACAGAUUGAUUUACGUGUCAAUCCAUUUAAAACGAAUUUCAUCGAUUCAUUACGAAGAUCUGUUUAA